AAUGUUGGGCUAAAAAACAGGGAAUUUCUUUCUCAAAAUAGGGCUCAGCCCUGAGGAAACCGUUUUCUGAAGCUGCUGGCCAGCAACAAACAGCACGGGAACAUCAUCCCAGCAUCAGGGGCCAACACGCAAGCCCCAGCACUGCUGCCAUAGUUCAGGCAGAGGAUUCUGGGCAAGGGACAGAGUUCUUCACUAUCCCGACAGACCCCUGAGAAGUCCAAGGAGCUCAGCUCUCACCAGCGCCCCCCUUCUUCGUCACAGGGCAGGCAAUCAUUGGCAUCUACUUCGGGGACGUUGCCACUGGAACUCUAAGGCCUCCUGCCAUCCCUGUCCAUCUCCAGGGAAAGGAAAGAUUAGCAAAGGACUGAGCCUGGAAAAGGGAGACAGUACCCCAGAACAGGGGAAAGCAGACACAUGCGAGGAGCCAGGGAGAAAAACCCCCAAUGCAGGCAAGGCAUGGAGGAAAGCAGUGACAAGAAGAGAGGCAAAGGAAAGGAAACUCGGGGAUGGGGGUGGGGAAUAAACAAAAAGGCCAAAGGACAAAGAGGAAGAUUUUUUAAAGAAAACCGAAAAAUAAGUAUAAAACAAAAAGGAGGAUAAAAAAGAAGUAACGGAAAAAACUAUUAGGAAAAGAGACCACCCUUAAUUCCACGCUGCUCUGUGUACUGUUCCUUCAGAAGAAGUGCCAGGGCAGGGAAGGGAGAAAGGAAACAGGGGUCCUCUGCAUUCCAAUGUAUGUCCCCUCCUCAUGAGUCUGGUCCUCAGCCUGACUUCCAUCAAAGAAACUCAGGACACAGGCUCAGGGGGCUUUGGAGAAAGAGGCUUCAAGAAACACGGAUUCCAGCUAAGUUGGAGAUAAGCAUACCCCAGCGUGCCCUCCAUUGUCAGGUGCCAUCUCAUGUCUUCCCAGCCCUGAUCCCCUUCCCCAGAAAUAGGCUUCAGCUGCCCAACCAUUGAUAUCCAUCAGACUCUGGUGUCUUUGUCACUCUCAGAGAGCCCCAUUUCCUCACUUUCAUAUGUUCCACCUUGCAUCAGACACAUCUGAGGAUAUCCAAGUAUUUUUCUGGUGGCCUAUGGGGCUCAACUCCACUUCUGCAUUUCAGAGAACUCUGGGAACAAGAACAGAGGACUAUAACAUCUCUUGACCUGGCCUCAUGGGAAUGACUUGGCUUAUUUGCCUGUCUUCCAGUGUUGCCCCCUUCCCUCGGGGGCUAGGAGAGGGUUUGGCCUGGCACUCUCUCCCUCUCUGGUCUACUUCUGUCUUCUCAAACCUCCAAAUCACACAGAGGCAAAACAAGUGCUUGGUGAAAAUGACCUAACACAGUCCCUAAUUAUUUGUGAGGGGCUCAGCCCUGGACCAAGGGGGUAGCCUGACCUCAUAUCCCUCCCACCUCUCACUCCAAAGUGUGAAGGCUUGAACAUAUCAUGUCAUUUCAGCUAAAAUGAGCAGGAGCUAAGCUUAUUAUCAUUUCUCAACACAAGCUCUUGCAGCAAACCUGCAGGGAUUGCUCUUGAGGGUGAAAGAGGAGAGAAGUGAGAACUUCACAAGGAAGAAACCACCAGUCUCAGAAAAUCUCCAGACGGUGAGACCCCAUGGGCCUCCCCAGCUCCUUGGGGAGGAGCAAAGGGUCUUAACAGGCAGGCAUUCUGUGUUGAAACCCCAGUGUCUGGGGACCAGACAGAGAGUGGACAAAAGGGGAGGAAAGCCUCCACUUGGUCAGGCAGGGCCAGAAGGAGAUGAGGAGCAGAGAGCUAAGGCCUCUGCUGGGCCUCAGGCCUGCAAUCUGGGCCCAGAGCAACUCCUUGCUAUGCUGUACCUAUUUGCUGCCAAGUUCACUACCCAAAACCUGAGAUUUUCCCCUUAAAAUAGAGAUUGGGGAUGUGGGAAUCAGUCUGACCAGUCAGCCUGGCUCAGGUGGUCAUGAAGAGCAGCCUAAGUCACUCAGGGCUCCUGAAGCUGCUUUUGAGGCAGAAAUACAGAGCAUCUUUGAGCACUCCUGCUCUGUCUGUGGGAAGGUGGGCAAAAUGCUCAAAAUAGAAUAAAAGCAAGGGUCAGGACCCAAAGGGGUCUCACUCCCUGUUUCUCUGGACUCUCUGUGGGGUGCCUGUGUGCAGGAUUUCUGCAGAAGAUAGUCCAUUUUGUUAAGCCUUUGAAUAUUCAAAUUGAAAGUACCGCGCAAUCAUUGAUUGUCAAAUCAUGGGUUUCUAGAGGUUUUAAAUACUUGGCAUGAGGGGGAAAAAACUCAAACCUAUACCCGAAGGUAUAAAACAUUAAUUCUGUUUGCCUCCUGCUCCAGGGACCUGGAUGCAGCUGGAUGCUUUGUGAAACUUUAAAAAUGUUGCAUCUCUGCUUCUCUCCUUGCACAGGAGCCCUCCUAGGCGCUGAGUCCCUGCAGCUGCAGCAUCCAGCCACAGACCCAGCUUCUGCUGACCACCAUGUCGGAAAAACCAAAGGUGUAUCAAGGUGUCCGGGUGAAGAUCACGGUGAAGGAGCUGCUGCAGCAGAGAAGGGCUCACCAGGCAGCCUCGGGGGGAACCCUGUCCGGAGAAAAUAGUAUCCACCUUCCAGAUCCAGUCUCAGCAUCUUCUGCAGGACUGUAUUUUGAACCUGAAUCAAUUUCUUCCACGCCCGAUUAUUUUCAACCCCGAGAGUUUUCCAGUUGUGUUUCUUGUGAAGAAAACCCAAGCUGCCUUGACCAGAUCUUGGAUUCCUACCUUCAGACAGAGACACACCUGGACCCUUUGCUCAAUUCCAUGCAAAGUACUUCACACUGUUUCCCAGACAGCUUCCAGACUGCCCCUCUCUGCUUUAACCAGAGCCUGACCCCAGGAUCGCCUUCAGAUUCCUCCACUCUCUCUGGUUCCUUAGACUACAGUUACUUGCCAGCUCAGCUACCUUCAUAUGCUCCGGAGAAUUACAGCUCUCCCCCUUCUCUGGACAUCAGAAACUGUGGUUACCCCUCAGAAGACUACUCCUACCCUCACUUGCCCUCUCACGCCCAGUACGACUGCUUCUCCUCAGCCACCACCUCUGGCUGCUACUGUGCGUCCUGUGAGGCAGAACACUUGGACACCAUCAGAGCAUCCGAGUAUUUUUCCUAUCCCAGCACAGACUAUGUGAACUUUGCUCCCUCAGCAGCAGCAACCAGUGAUUUCUAUAUGAGAGAAACAAACUGUGACAUCUGCUAUAGUUCAUAGGAGUUCAUUAAUGUGGAACAUGGCAUGCGUGUAUGUUUCUACCGCGCCAAGUGACAACUCAAAAUAGGCAACCUGUGAACAAAAUAGCACAGGCGCAGUUUACGUGUCACAGUUUUCAAUUUUCUGACGCUAACUUAGGCAUUAAGAUGAAGUCCUCAGACCCGUCAUUGUGCCAUUCCUACUUUGUAUGCUUACAGUUAAAAUUUUUAUAGGGAACAUUCAGUUGUUUUACUUUACUGUGUAAC